GUUGCAUCCGCUUCGUCCAUUGUUUUGGCCAGCACAUGUUGGUACCUGAGCCUAAAACUCAGGUGGGCAAUAUCAAAGGAGCCGUUAGUUAGGAUGGACGCCCUCGGAACCCUCUUAAAUUACUAAAAAUAAUUUACGCUCAUCAUUCAAAUUUUCGAUCGUCCUUUACUAUUUCUUUUGCCAAGUCCUCAAGUGGUAGGAAUGAUAGACGGAGGGGAUAUCAUACACGCGCACCUCUGGUGGGCCCCACAGAGCUUUUUGUUGCUCGGGCUCCGUGCAACUGCUGGGGGAAAUUCGCGUCCGUUAAACGUACUUGUACUUUCACCGAGCCCUAUCACGCGACAUAGCCGUUAGGCAUACAAUUCAAAAAAAAAAUUCACGAUGUUGAGGAAAAUUACCGACCUACUCCUUCACCCCAGCCGCCUUUCCUCACUCGUCCCUCAAAGCAUUCCCUGCAAAACCCCAAUUUCCCGCCGAAUAAACCCCCAAUUCCCGCCAGAUUCAAGUUUAAAAGCUCUGUGCAUCAAGGGCAGUUUAAAGGAAGCCCUCUUAGAAAUGGCUAUUCAAGGAGCACGCGUGAAGUUCGACGGCUACGAUUCGCUCCUAACGGAGUGCGUAAACCAGAAAGCCAUCAGAGAGGGCCAAAGGGUCCAAGGUCACAUGAUAAAAACCCGUUAUCUACCGCCCAUAUACCUCAAAACAAGGCUCAUUGUCAUGUAUGUAAAAUGCGACUCGCUGGAAGAUGCACGGCAGGUGCUCGAUGGAAUGUCUGAACGGAACGUUGUGUCUUGGACAGCCAUGAUCUCUGCUUAUGCGCAGAGGGGGCACCGAUCCGAGGCUUUGAAUCUUUUUGUGCACAUGUUAGAAACAGGUACGCUGCCGAACGAGUUCACAUUUGCAACCGUACUUACUGCUUGUAACGGGCCUUUUGGGCUUGAGUAUGGGAGGCAAGUUCAUUCUCUUGUAAUCAAGAGCAACUUCGAAUCACACAUAUUUGUCGGGAGCUCACUUCUCGACAUGUAUGCAAAAGCCAGUAGAAUCCAUGAAGCUAGAGGAAUAUUCGACAAAUUACCUGGAAGGGAUGUUGUUUCAUGCACCGCAAUCAUUGCUGGCUAUGCUCAACUUGGUCUUGAUGAGGAAGCAUUGGAAUUGUUUCGCCAAUUGCAGAAAGAAGGAAUGUCAUCAAACUAUGUUACUUAUACCAGUGUGUUAACUGCAUCAUCUGGGCUAUCUGCCUUGGAUUACGGCCGACAAAUGCACAAUCGGAUCAUUCGAUCUGAAUUGCCAUCAUAUGUUGUUUUACAGAAUUCUCUAAUUGAUAUGUACUCAAAAUGUGGAAACCUGAUUUAUUCUAGGCGAGUUUUUGAUAACAUGUCCGAGAGAACUGUGAUAUCUUGGAAUGCAAUGCUUGUGGGAUAUGGCAAGCAUGGUCUGGGAAGGCAGGUUCUUGAACUUUUCGAGUCAAUGAGGAGAGAAGAAGUCAGGCCUGAUAGCGUCACUUUCAUGGCUGUUUUAUCUGGUUGUAGUCAUGGAGGAUUAGUGGACGAAGGUUUAGAAACUUUCAAUAUGAUGGUUCAUGGGCAAGAUAUAGAACCAGAAAUCGAGCAUUACGGAUGCGUUGUUGAUCUCCUCGGACGUGCUGGGCAGGUGGAUAAGGCCUUCGCCUUCAUCAAACAGAUGCCUUUUGAACCGACAGCGGCUAUUUGGGGUUCUCUGUUAGGUGCUUGUCGGGUUCAUGCUAAUGUUCCUAUUGGGGAAUACGUGGCAGAACGGCUUUUUGAGAUCGAGCCACAAAAUGCUGGAAACUAUGUAAUUCUUUCCAAUAUUUAUGCUGCAACGGGAAGAUGGGAAGAUGUCAUCAAUGUUAGGAAAUUGAUGAAGAAGAAGACGGUGAUGAAGGAACCGGGGCAAAGCUGGAUUAAGCUGGAUAGAACAGUUCAUACGUUUCACGUCAGAGAUAAGUUUCAUCCAAAAAGGGAAGAGAUUUCUGCAAAGAUAUGGGAGUUGUCAGUGAAGAUCAAGGAGGCUGGUUACAUUCCUGAUCUGAGCUGUGUUUUGCAUGACGUGGACGACGAGCAGAAGGAGAGAAUCCUGCUCAGUCACAGUGAGAAAUUGGCUAUGGCAUUUGGAUUGAUGGGCACUCCUCAGGGGUUUCCGAUUCGUGUUGUAAAGAACCUCCGGAUUUGUGUUGAUUGCCACAAUUUUGCCAAGUUCGUAUCUAAGGUUUGUGGGAGAGAAUUAUCUUUGAGGGAUUGCAACCGCUUUCAUCAUAUAUCCGGAGGAGUCUGCUCUUGUGGGGAUUAUUGGUGAGUGGUAAAAUUUCUCCAUGGAUUCGUAUAAUGAAUUUGGGCAAAGGUUGACUGUCCAUUGACCAUGGACAAGCAAGAAGAAUAUGCUUGGUGGUGGACGAAUUCGCACAAAUCUCAUUGAUCAAGAUACCUUUUUUU